CCGCCGCCCGUCCGGAACUACCGGUCCCGGCGCGCCCCGCGCCCGCCCCCGAGGGAGCGGCUCCGGCAGGAAGGCGGCAGCGCGGCCCGGUCACCCAGCCCGGCCAUGAGCUCCGCCAGGGAGUCCCAGAGCCACCACGGCCUCAAGCGAGCGGCCUCCCCCGAUGGCUCCAGCAGCUGGGAGGCGGCGGACCUCGGCAACGAGGAGCGGAAGCAGAAGUUCCUGCGGCUGAUGGGCGCCGCGAAGAAAGAACAUACUGGCCGCCUUGUUAUCGGAGACCACAGAUCAACCUCUCACUUCAGGACAGGGGAAGAAGACAAGAAAAUGAACGAGGAGUUGGAGUCUCAGUACCAGCAGAGCAUGGACAGCACCAUGUCGGGGCGGAACCGGCGCCACUGCGGGCUCGGGUUCAGUGAGUUUCAGGAAGAUGAACACGAAGAGGAGGCAGCUGGACACUCCUCUGAUGAGAGUUCAGAUGAUUCUGAAAGUGGCUCUGAUUCAGAGCAAGAGGAGUCUGCAGAGGAGCUACAAGCUACUGCAAAACACGAUGAAGCUGAGGUUCCAGAAAACAAAAAAGAAGCAAAAAGCAACUAUAAAAUGAUGUUUGUGAAAGCCAGUGGUUCAUAACUGCAGAUGUAACAGCUUUGUAUUUAAAGUACAGUAAGCCUUAUUGUUACAGUGCAAAGUGGAGGACUGCUACAGCACAGAUCUUUGUAUUUUGAUUUUAAAAAGACCCUGUUAGAUGACAAAAAGUAGUAUUUGCUUUCUGUUGCCAUGGAUAACAUUUUUAUGGGCACAGUGAUAUUACUGGUUUUUGUAAAGUGUAUAAAAUCCUGGAUGGAGAAAUAAAUUUGUUUUGUUCCUGCCCAAUCUUUACAAUGUUAUCUAAACUAUCCCUUCCCUUAUUCCAUGCCAGAUAAGGAAGCUUCAUGUUAGUGGUUUAUUCAGUUAGUACCCCAGUCUUGAAUUUUUGACUAUUAAGAUUACAUGUGAAUUACGUGAUGUUGCAUUAGUUGUAAAAUACCAAUAUCAGCAUUAUUCUGUGAUGUACUAGAGCUUUAAACAAUGAUUUUGUCUAUAGAUGCUAGUGUUGGCAGGGCUGAGGAGAAAUUGCUCACUUUUGUGACAGCAUUGAUCACUGUAUCCAUCUGAAGUCCUACAGCAGUUGCAUAGAGAAUAUGUUUUAGAAAAGCAUAAUACAACAGAAGGUUCUAAUUGCUUCUUUGGCUUUCUAACAAGGGGGAGGAGCUGUAGUUGUUUCUACUUUUCAGUAGAAAAGAGUGAUUUUUUGAAUUACUGGUUCCUGGCUAGAGCACUGAGCUGUUAUUAAAAAUAACACCUCCCAGAGAAACCAGUUUACUUUGAAAGAGAAAGUAUACUUUGAUAAUGAAAAGGAUAUACAAAUCAUUUUAGCUUUUUUAAAAUAUAGAAUAAAGAGUUAAGUAUGCGAGCCCUUCUUCCUUUUCUCCCUGCACAUGCAUCACUUGGAGGUCUGAGUCUAUUAGCACAAGGCUGUCAAGUCAAGCUGAUAUGCCUAGAAAGCCAGGAGUUCAGCAACUCCUCCCAGCAAGAAUUAAACACAUCCAUUCCUCUGCAAAGUCAUUGCAUUCAUGUAAUGAAUAAAAUAUCAGAGCUUUUUAGACUUCUUUUCCUCUUAGUACAUCAGACAGAUCACCUGCCCCUCCUGGCUGGGGGGGCAGGACAUCUGCCCUGUACCUCUGGUACCUCCAGAGCAGUGUUCCAGGGGACACUCAGGGUGCUCCUGGAGACUCCUGUGUACAAUUCCUGAUGUGCAGACAACAUUUCCAGCCAGUCGGCUGAAGGAAAGCAGCAGUUUGUACUGUCAUUGCCUAGUUGAAUGUAAACAUUGCAGCAUCAGCUAUUGGGGGAGGACUUGGAAUAAGUAUGGAAAAAAUAAAAGUAAUAUUGUAAAUAGAAA